AUGCGCGACGGCGAGUACUCGUGGAAGUGCCAUGUCCCUACCAAGAAUAAAGCCGUACGCAGUGCGCCAAACUUUUCAAUCCUCCUUACGGGACUUUUUCCUCCUACUUUGUGUCAACCGACCCGAAGACAAUUCUUAAGCACAACUACGAAAAAUAAUGCAACGGUAUCGUCGACCUCGUCUUCUUCGACUGACCCGUCAGGUUCCCGGCCUAAACGGAAGCCUCUGACAAAGGAGCAGCGAGAUUUCCUCUCUUCAGCUAUGCCGUCUAUCAAGCUCCGUGUGAACCAAGCCGGGGAAUUGGCUGCUACCUUGAUUUAUACCGCCCAGACACCGCCGCUUGUCAAUGCGCACCCCAUCUUCGGCCCUUACUAG